AUGGGCAUCUAUAUGGUCGGCUUCCUCAGCUCUCUCUCAGCAGCUAUCCUGUAUUUCCUUUACAUUACAGCAGCUCAAAAGUCUCCUCUUCUUCAACACUUUGCAUUUCUCUGUAUCUCUGGAGCCUUCCACUGGUUUCCUUUCACCGUCAUUGCAUAUGCCACUAUGAUAGGCAGUUCCUCUUCAUGUCCAACUAGCUUUGCCAUCUCUGUUGCCGUUGCUUACCUAGCUCAUGGCCUGAUACUCAGCCUCCUCACCUGCACUGUGACCCAUCUUCUGUCCAGGAAGCAGGACACAAAGCAAACCCACUUGAGAACUUGGCUUCGGCACCGAAUCACCAUCGCCUGCCAUCUCAGAUUUGCCAAACUCCUUUCUGGAACAGAAGCCUUUUGCAUGUACUUGAGGCUUUUGGGUGCAAAAGUUGGAAAACACUGUUCCAUUAGAGCUAUUAACCCAGUUUCUGAACCGGAACUGAUUUCAAUUGGUGCCGGUGUCCAUCUGGGAGACUUCAGCAGAAUUAUUCCUGGGUUCUAUUCCUCCGGUGGAUUUAAAUGUGGGAAAGUUCAAGUGCAGGAUAAUUCAGUAGUUGGGAGUCAAAGCCUAGUCCUACCUGGGUCAGUUAUACAAAAUGAUGUUAUUCUUGGUGCUCUUUCAGUUGCUCCAAUGAAUUCAGUACUCCAAAGGGGAGGCGUUUACAUUGGUUCUCAAACUCCAGUAAUGAUAAAGAACAUUAUGCAUGCUUUGGAUGAUCGCAUAGAAGAGAUGGACACAAAAUAUAAGAAGAUUGUUGGGAAUCUGGCUGCAAAUCUGGCUGCCACAACACUGAAGGUUAGAUCAAGAUAUUUCCAUCGAAUUGGUGUCAGUGGGAAGGGAGUUCUGAAGAUAAAUGAAAAUAUCAAAGGCUUUCCAGAUCACAAGAUCUUCCACCCUGGAAAGAGUUAUCCGGUGAUAGUAAGGCAUAGCAACAGCUUGAGUGCGGAUGACGAUGCAAGGAUCGAUGCACGUGGUGCAGCAAUAAGAAUACUCUCACAUAAUUCAGGAGAUGACAACCGACUUCUGGACCUGACAUUAAAAACAGGCAAAGCAUUCUAUGCCCGCACAAUUACUGAUUUUGCGACAUGGCUUGUAUGUGGACUACCAGCCAGGGAGGAGCAUGUGAAGCGUGUUCCGCAUGUACGUGACGCAGUGUGGACUUCCUUACGCCAUGCAAAUUCUUAUGCCAAGAUGCAUUACUACUCAAAUAUAUGCAGGCUCUUCAGGUUCACAGAUGGACAGGAAAUGUAUGUGAAAUUCAAAUUGAGACCUUUUGAUGAGAAGAUCAGUGAAGAUUCAGGAAAGGUUGAGCCCAUUGGAAUUCUCCCACCAGAAACAGGUGCAAUUCCAAGGGACAGUAAUGACACACGCCCACUACUAUUCCUUGCAGAAGAUUUCCAACACCGUGUGAAUUCCCCUGGUGGGGUUCGAUAUAUCUUCCAACUGCAGUUCCGGCCUGUGCCAAGUGAUGACGCCACCCAAGAAAUUGCACUUGACUGCACCAAACCAUGGGAUGAAACUGAGUUCCCAUUUGUCGAUGUUGGAGAGGUAGUAAUUGAUGAAAACCUCACCAAAGAACAGUCAGAGGAGCUGGAGUUCAAUCCUUGGCUCCAGUGCCAUGAGGUGGAUGUCAUCCGGGCUACAUCAUCCUCCCAGAGUGCUUCGAUCGAUCAUGGCCGGUCAUUGAUCUAUGAAAUUUGCCAGUAUUUGAGAAAUGGAGAACCACUUCCGGAGGCCUGGAGGAUCUUUAUAGAGCAGUCCGACGUGAAAGUGGACCUUUCUGGCUGUCCUAUGGCAGCAGCAUUGAAGAAAAAGGAUUCUGGUGAAGUCACUUUAGCAAGAACUUGGUAUCAAACUUCAUGGGCCAUUUUUGUUCAACCAUUUCUACAGACUCUUUUGCCUUAUUACCUCUUGGGUUAUCUGAUUAUUGGUCCUCUGAAUUGGGCAUUGUACUUGAAGGGGACCAUGAUGUACCCAUUGCAUUGGUUGCUUCCUCUGUUUUGGGUUUCUUCAGGUAUAUUGGCUGCAUUAGCUUGUGUUGUGGCCAAAUGGAUUUUAGUGGGCAAGAAGAAAGAUGGUGGGACUGUAUUGAUUUGGAGUGCAGGAGUCUUUAUGGACACCAUAUGGCAGGCUUUUAGGACAUUGGUGGGGGACUAUUUCAUGGUAAUGACAAGUGGAUCUAUUUUGUUUGUGAUGUGGAUGAAGCUCAUGGGUUCAGAUAUUGAUGUAAGUCAAGGUGCAUAUGUGGAUAGCAUGGGAGCUAUAUUGAAUCCUGAAAUGGUGGAAAUUGAGAGAAGUGGAUGUGUGGGAAAAGAAGCUCUGCUAUUUGGUCACAUCUAUGAAGGUGAUGGGGGGAAAGUUAAGUUUGGGAAGAUCAGGGUAGCAGAAGGUGGGUUUGUGGGGAGUAGAGCUAUUGCCAUGCCUGGAGUGACAGUGGAUAUUGGGUGUAGUCUUAGUGCUCUCUCACUCGCAAUGAAAGAUGAAAUUGUGAAGUCAAGGUGA